CUUGAACCUGAGAAGACACUGAAAGCAGCCUUAGAAAGCGACUGACUCCAUUUGGGGUAGGAGCUCCUCCCGGCCUCGCCUCCACCUGUGGAGAUCCCGCAGCUGCUCCCGCCCUUCGGUCCUCAGCGUGAUGGGGGCCCGCUCCAGGAAGAAAGGCCCCGCAGCGGCGGAGCGGGACGCUCCCGAGCCCGGUGUGACGGCCUCCCACGGGAAUCAAGCUGCAUCCAGCCCCAUGUCAGAGGGGGAGAAGGUCUACGUGGGCGUCCGGGUCAGGAUGCCCGUCAAGGACCUGCUCCAGAGCAUCCGACGUUCCCAGGGAGACGGGGCGGGACGAGCCGAGGUCUCCGGUAAGGGCAAAGGAGUCUCCAAACGAGUGCGAGCUCGCCCCAGGAACCGGACCAUCAGGGUCCAACAUUCCAUGAAGAGCCUGGAGGAGCUGGCAAUCAUCCUGGAGGUCCUGGAGGAUGAUCUGAGGACUGGGAACACUUACCAGAACGCCACCAGAAACCUGCCGGCAAGCCCCGUGCACUCAGAGCUGUGUACUACAGGAAGCAGUGAUGAGUAUGACGAAGUGGCUUCCAGUCCAGAGUCUUACACUGCUUACUGUCCGAGCACAGCGGAAUACCACCAAGCCACAACUCCCACCGACUGCAUGCUCUCUGACCUUCAACACUUACUUGUCAAAAAUGUGGACAAUGAAAAAGAAAUUGAUUGGUACGACCACCACAACCUCAACAGCUCAGCCUUCUUCUGGAGACAGCUGCAGAGGGCAGAGGACCAACUGAAGGGUGUCUCUGAUGAAGGACUGCUGGUCCCUGACCGCCACGGCAGGAUAGCUCUUCAUACAGCGGUGUGUUUUGGAAAGCGGGCACUAGGCUACGCCAUCGCUAAGAGGAUGGCGGCUUUUGGCUGCCUGGAUGUCAAAGAUUCCGAUGGAAUGACUGCUCUUCUCUAUGCAGCGAAGCACAACCAGCACCUGAUUGUGGCAGAUUUGAUCCGCCUGGGAGCCAACGUCAACGAGACGAAUAGGUGGGGAAAGUCCUGCCUCCACCUGAGCGCUGAGAGUGGCUACAUCCGAGUCCUGGAGGUCCUGAAACACGCCAUGCUGGAUGGCGUGCUGCUAGACGUGGAAGCCACAGAUCAUGCUGGAAUGACCGUGCUCCAGUGCGUCUCGGUGACCCUGAAAAGAAGCAUGCGUGGAGUGGAAGGCAGCAGGACCCCGAGCCAGGCCAGGCUGCAGGCCCUGCGGCAGGAGCAGAUGAUGGAGACGCUGGAGUGCCUGCUGCAGAUGACCACCAUCAGCCCGGCUAUGACACGUGAGCCGGCGCUGGCGGCUCAGCACUGGCUGAGCAGCCAGCUUGUCUGCCCCGAGGGGCAGUUUAUAACCCCAACAGUAAUGUUCUGAGUUCAGGCAGGCCCAACCCCAGCCCUGGAGGGACCGUGGUCCUUCCAAGCGCAAGUGGAGGCCUGCUGUGUAAAGCAUCCUGCGGUCUGUGCAGGGUACACAUUCUCUGGUUUCUGUGAAACUUCCACUGUUUGCUAUUUUGAAGUAGCAGGUUGUCCUAGCGCCAGCGUGUUCUCACUGGUCCACAGGCAGAGUCUGCGGCGGUCUGAGCAGUUUAGACGGUGAUCUGGUUACUGUAGGAACGUUACAACCCAGUAACAAACUGGAUGAAGAUUUAAGAAUAAGAACAAGGAUUUAUCGCUGCUAGGGAUGUAACAAUUCAGUCAAGCCAUGAUUCAGUUUUACAGUCACUAUUUUGACCACCCCCCCCCCCUCAACACAAUGAAUUAAAAGUAUUUUUAGGGCCAAUCUGUUUUCUUUUAGCCUCUUAUAUCAAACUGUCUGUUCAGAACAAAUGAAUACUUAUACAUAAGAUGAAAUGAUCACAAAUCCUUUCAGACUCCAUUCAUGUUGUGCUCCACAUGUGACACACCACUCCACACCGGCUCAGUGCAACUCCCCUCAGCCACUGCGCACACUCGCCCACCUGCACACUCAGGCACAGCUUGCAGAGAAAACAAGAGCUAAAAAGAGAGUUAAUAAAAAAGAGCACGGCUCCCAGGAGGAAGUCGGAAGGAAAACAGUCGUUAGGCUGCAUCGUCACCAUGACUGUUGUCACGGUAGAUUGGUCAAAGUUGUGGUAAAGUUGUGAUGGACAUGUAAAGCCGUGGAGUGAGGACAAAUCUUGAAUUUGCACUAAUAGUUGUGAUCGCAACAUCCUGGAGGAUCUGAAUUAUUUAAAACUUUAAAAUCUGGAGGAGCUGCGAGAAAAAGAGCACGCAGACUGCCCACUACCCGUGCACACUCGCAGGCUCACACUUAUACUGAGCCUGCAUGAAGAAAUGUCAUCAGCUCUGCAGUCCUACAUUUAGACACAGGCAAAGACAAACCAAUUUUUUUCUUUUAUUUUCUACAACAAUGAACAUGUUGACGAGUUUGAAUUGUUUUUUUUACCCCUUAACGAAGAAUCGUUACGUCCUUAACCGCCGCAGAUGUUACCUGCUGGGCCUCUGAGUGACAAAGGACAAUAAUUUUAAUGUAGACUGGUGAAGUCCCACCAGUGCAAACUGUCUCCUUAGUCUGCUUCACUUCCCAUGCUAUCAUGAGUCAGUUCUGCUAGUUUUUCUUCUUGAAAGCAUUUUUUUUAACAAUGAAACCAUGUGUUUUCACUUGUUAAAAUAGAAAAUAUUUUAGUUGUUUGCAUAUUUUUCCCCAUUAUAGAACAGUAUAGCUGCAUAGAGCUGCAGCUCCCUAAAGCAUGAUCACGUCAGAUUGUAGACGUGUAAGUGUUCAGCUUAUUGCUGUGGAGCAGGCAGAGUAUCUCUUUAAGAGAAAACACUUCUCUUGGUGUGUCUUGUUUCUCAGUGUUGAUGUUUGAGGCAAACGGAGUGUUGCUUACUCCAUCUGGAAAGGAGGCCUCAUCCUGCCAGAGCAUAGAUUAUUAAAUCUGUGUCUGCUUUAGCUGAAGGCAUCUGAAGCAUUUAGUCUAGAGCAGGGGUAUUC